AUGAGCGAACCCGGCACUCAGUCUAACGGGCAAUCGUAUCGGCCGAGAUUUUACACCGCGUACCGAACCCCUCGAACCAACGAAGAAGCUCAAAAUCUGUAUAACCACAUCCGAACCAUAGCAUACGCGCUAGACUCGCUCUCCGGAGCGAUACCGGGGCUCGACCGACUACCAUUCGACGUUGGUUUGGAAGCUGUCAUCGGAGCGAUUCUUCCUGUUGCAGGAGACUUUAUUGGCGCUCUCGCUGGUCUGUACGUUAUAUACCUAUGCUGGCUCUUCGGCGUAGGUAACUGGAUACUCGGACAAAUGAUCGUCAAUGUGAUCAUUGACGCCGUAGUUGGCAUCAUCCCCUUCGUCGGCGAUGUCUUGGACGUCGCGUGGAAAUCAAACAUGCGCAAUCUUGGGCUCCUCGAGGACUUCCUCGUCAAAUCCGCCAAGAGGGGCGGUUUCCAGGUGCAGGUCGCGCCUCCGUACCAGUGGAACAAGAAUAACGCGACCUCCGGAGGGCCAGGGCGUAGUGCGUCCUCCGGUGCUGGCAAUGGACUGGAUUGGACCAGCAUUUUGGGCUGGUUCGUUAACCAAGCGAGGUCAAACAGCGGGAGUGGUGGAAGAUUCGGAGGGUGGUAG